GGAUAAUCAUUCAAAAGAACUGGUGAGAUUAUUAUCAGAGAUGAAAUAAUUUAAGGAUAAUAAUUAAGGAAUAAAUUUUCUUUUGUCAUGACAAAAAUAUGGUACGAAAAUUUCUCUCCCUCAGAGUUGUAAUGAUAAGUGAAUUUGUUGACAUUUUAGUUUGAUUUCGAUUUUUGAAUCGAGCGCUCGUAUCCUAAACCUCACAUGUGAAACAAACUUUUUUACCGCCUUGUGUUAUACAAAACUUAGUAUCGAAAGUUUCAUAUUCAAAACUUCAAUUUAGUGACUUCGUUUUUUUCACUUUACCCAUUUAGUGAAUUAUAGUUAUGUUAUUAAACGAUUUACCUGAUGAUUGUCUCUGGUUGAUCUUUGACAAAUUUUUCAAAUUAGAAGAGUUGAUUCAAUUGUCUAAAGUUUGUUCAAAAUGGUCCAAUUUGAUUUCCAUACGACUCAAAAAAGUUAAAUAUCUGGUAAAUUGGUUCGAUGUUCAUAAACACGAUUAUUCCAAAAUAUGGAUGGAGAAUCCAAAUACUUUGUCUGAUUACAAUCUUCAAGAGCUUUUACCAAAUCUCAGGAUUGUCAAUUUCCCUUUUGUUUCCGUUGGACAGGCGUCUCACGCGGUCGAUGUCAGAAAAGUGGUGAAUGAUAAUCCGAAAAUAAAAGGAUUAAUUCGAAUCAAUAGUCGCGAUUCUGAUUCAUUCAAUGGGCACAACUUGGAGAAUAUCGAAAUGAUUUCGAUGAAAUCUCUGGAUUUUGAUUACAAAAAAAUCUUUCGACCUGAUCAGUUGAAACAAAUCCACUUGUACGAUGCUUCCAUUGACGAGCUUCCUAAAUGCGCUGAAUAUUUUCCAAAUUUGAAACGACUCAAUAUUUCGUUUUGUGGAGGAGAAGUAGAUUACUAUGGCCCAGAAUUUACCAAUCUCAAGAUUCUUGAACUUAAUUCAUAUCAAGCGUAUGGUACUUAUAACGGAUUUCGUUUGAUGGACUCUUGUCCGUAUCUUACGAGCGCUUUUAUGAGACUUCCAAUAGGAAAUGUUAAUACUGAUGAAGCUAAAAGGAACUAUAAUCUGAAGGAUUUGGUUAUUGAUCUGCCAAUGAGAGAAUUUCCUAAUUUCACUUGGUCACACUUGCGAAAACUGUUGUCCAAAUAUCCAAAUUUACAAAAUCUUGCUAUCAGAAAAAGUGAAGGUAUUGGGAAUAAUCAUGUAGAAAAAUUGGUUCGAUUAUUACCAGAGAUAAAACUAUUAGACUUGAGAAGUUGUGAAAAUGUUACUGGAAAAUCAGCUGAUUUCUUGUCUAAAUUCUGUCUUGAAUCCAAGCGAUCAAUCAAAAUCUAUUAUGAUUGUGAAAAGGAACCGGACGACUGGCCCAAAUACGAUACUCCUCGAGAAUCAAUUGUCUAUGGAUUCAAUUUCAUGAAACAUUGUUUUUAUAAAUCUUUUAGCUCCCUUCCGAACGUAAUUGAUGAAUAA